GCAGCACGUUUUUCCCAACGAUUUGGUAGGACCGAGUUUUCCUAUAAGAGCAGGGCACAAGGCAAAAUCACUUUCGAUCUGAAUUCACCGGGACUAGUCGACUGAUUUCUCUAUUUAAUUCUCUAUUUUGCUGGCCAAAAAGUUAGAUUGUGCUCUUUCCAAGUUUCUUUGUUUUUCGGUCACAAAGUUGAAUUGAAUUUCGAUUUGAGUUUCCGAAGCAAUACGAAAUGCCGAAGGACGUGGCCAAAACCAAGGGCGGCUACAUAGCGCUGAGGAAUGAUGCGAGCGACGGGAAGCCCGGAACAUCGAAGCAGAGCAGGAAUUCUAACAACAUUGAGAGUAAGCUGAAGGAGAUUAAGGGGCAGAAGCCGCACUUCACCAACUUGGCCGGCUGCCUGACGGAUCUGGUGACUCCAGUGACUCCAGUGACGGCCAAGGUCAUGACCAAUAAGACCAAGAACACGGAGAUGAAUCCGGCUGACCAGAACAGCGACGACGAUGCUGAGGACCAAGGCGAUUAUGGUGGUGCUGGUAAGAGCGCAGUUGCUGGUGCCGCUGAUGCAGAUGCGGAGCAGAAGAGCACGCUGUUUGCUGAUACCAUGGCAUUCGUGGUGCAGCCGGAUGGCUCUCACAAGGUGUUAACCUCGCGCGACCCGGUGAGCGAGGAGGAGCAGAAUGCACCCAUGCGUGAGAUAAUCGUCGGCGAUGGCGUGCUCGUCAUCUUGACCGGCGACAAUGGCGAGGUGGUCUACCGUCCCGAUGACUCUGUUAUCAUCGAUGUCGAGGAUAGCCGCGUCUUCGUGGUCGGUGCCCAGGAGAAUGAUGUUACAUACAUCGAGGAUGACGAUGGCACCGGGAUGGAGGAGUAGUGCGUGCGGGGACCGGAUGCCAAACCAAACGAGCCAAAUAUACUGUUUACACUAAUUGAAUUAAAUAAAUA